CAUCAUCAUCAUCAUCUCAUCAUCACCCGAGAACGGAGACAGACGCAUCACGACUCACGCACUGUUGCAAUGAAAACCAAGCGUUUAGAUCACAGAGCGACUCCAGAACACAUCACCGAUGCGCCACUGAUCGAGCGGAUCGAUGAAUGAGCGCGGGAUCACUGGAUCUGGGUUUGCAGAAGAAGCCGAUUAGGUUUUGAUCUGAGUGUCUUCAGUCCUCCUGAUCUCUGAUCCUGAUGCUUCUCGGGGUUUGACCAGCUGCAGAUCUUCAGUGACAUGAGCUCCUCUCAUCAUGGCCAGAAACACUUCUCUCUACUUUCGCAUCGUCGAGGGACGAAAUCUGCCUGCAAAAGACGUUUCUGGGACCAGUGAUCCGUACUGCAUCAUCAAAGUUGACAAUGAGGUCGUGGCCAGAACCGCCACCGUCUGGAGAAACCUGAAUCCGUUCUGGGGCGAGGAAUACACCCUUCAUCUGCCGAUGGGCUUCCAUACGCUCACCUUUUACGUCAUGGAUGAAGACACGAUUGGUCAUGAUGAUGUGAUUGGUAAAAUCUCCCUGAGUAAAGAUGUGAUCGCUGCUCAACACAAAGGUUUGGAUAACUGGCUGAAUCUGACGCGUGUGGAUCCGGAUGAAGAGGUUCAGGGUGAGAUUCAUUUGGCUCUGGAGCUGCACAGAGACGCUCAGAGAAGCAGCCUGCACUGUCACGUCAUCGAGGCCCGUGAUUUGGCUCCGCGUGAUAUUUCCGGUACUUCCGAUCCGUUCACCAGAAUCAUCUACAACAACCUCAGCGCUGAGACAUCGAUCAUAAAGAAGACGCGGUUCCCGCACUGGGAUGAGACUCUGGAGUUGAGUUUGGAUGAAGGUGAUGAUGAUGAGGGUGGAAGCGUGACGGUGGAGGUCUGGGACUGGGACAUGGUGGGCAAGAAUGACUUUCUGGGAAAGGUGGAGAUCCCUCUGUCGUGUCUGCACAGAUCUCCUCUGCUGCAGGGCUGGUUUCGUCUGCUGCCGCUGGGAAACACGGAGGACGACGCCGGAGGUAAGCUGGGUGCUCUGCGUCUGAAGGUGCGUUUGGCAGAGAACAGGAUUCUUCCGUCUGUGUACUAUCAGCCUCUGAUGGAGCUGCUGGUGGAGGCCGUCAUCUCACCGUCAGAGGUGGACGAGCCCACACCCCUGACCCUGCUGGAGGAGGUCACCACGGUGGAGAGCCGGCAGGAAGUGGCCAUGACGCUGGUCAAGAUCUAUCUGGGUCAGGGUCUGGUGGUGCCUUUCCUGGACUACCUCAACACCAGAGAGGUCCACAGCACCACAGAUCCAAACACACUCUUCCGGUCCAACUCACUGGCCUCCAAAGCCAUGGAGCAGUUCAUGAAGGCCGUCGGGAUGCUGUAUCUACACGAGGUUCUGAAGCCCAUCAUCAACCGAAUCUUUGAGGAAAGGAAAUACGUCGAAUUGGAUCCCUGCAAGAUAGACCUCAACCGCUCCAGACGAAUCUCUUUUAAAGGCUCGGCGUCGGAGGCUGAGGUCAGGGAGAGCAGCGUGGGGCUCCUGCAGACGUAUCUGAGCAGCAUCAUGGAGGCCAUCGUCGGCUCUGUCUCCCAGUGUCCUCCUGUGAUGAGAGUUGUCUUCAAACAGCUCCAUAAACGCGUGGAGGAACAGUUUCCAGAAGCUGAGAACGAGGAUGUGAAGUAUUUGGCCAUCAGUGGCUUUUUCUUCCUGCGUCUGUUUGCUCCUGCGAUUCUGACGCCCAAACUCUUCCAUCUGAGAGACCAUCACGCAGACACCAGGACCAGCAGAACGCUGCUGCUGCUCGCUAAGGCUCUUCAGAGCGUGGGGAAUCUGGGCCUUCAGCUGGGUCAUGGGAAGGAGCAGUGGAUGACCCCUCUGCAUCCCAUCAUCCUUUGCAGCGUGGCGUCCGUCAAAGAUUUCCUGGACAAACUCAUAGACAUCGAUCACAGCAACGUGUCUGAAGCUCCUCAGCGCGCCGUGUUUUUGCCGUCGGUCAUCGUGAAGGAAGGUUUCCUGCAGAAAUACAAAGCCGAAGGACCUCAGCUGCUCAAACGCUUCGCUUUUAAGAAACGAUAUUUCUGGCUGAGCUCAGAGUCGCUGUCGUACGCCAAGAGCCCCGACUGGCAGGUUCGCUCCUCUAUUCCCAUAGCGCGUGUGUGUGCGGUGGAGCGCGUGGAUGAAAACGCCUUUCAGCUCCAGAACAUCAUGCAGGUCAUUACACAGGACACGGACGGACAACUACACAUCACAUACCUGCAGUGCAAGAAUGUAAAUGAGCUCAAUCAGUGGCUGUCGGCCAUCAGGAAGGUCAGUAUUUAUAAUGAACACAUGCUGCCAUCGUUUCACCCCGGAGCUCAUCGAGGAAACAAAUGGACCUGCUGCCUGCAGCCUGACCGCACAGCGUUGGGCUGCAGUCGGACUCAUUCGGCCGUGACUCUGGGCGACUGGAGCGAUCCGUUAGAUCCUGAUGCUGAAACACAGAUCAUUUAUAAAGAGCUGCUGCAGGGCCGGGACAAACUCAGGAAGCAGUACCUGGAGACACAGGAAGUUGAGCCAGGAGAACAGGAAGAGCCGCUGAAGGCCAGUCAGCCGUCAUCAGUGUCUGCGCAGGGCCGAUCUGAGCGCGCUCGAGCCGUCGCUGCUCGUCUGCUGGACACCGUGCUGGAUUUAGAACGAGCUCAUUCGACCUUCCAGAGCCGAGAACCAGACGAGAGCCGUCCGCUCAUCCUGAGCUCAUAGAGAGCAUGAGCGUCAGCGCUCAGGAACAAGAACUGUAAAAUCGAAUUAUGCAAUGUUUUUGAAGCAAACUUGAGUUAUUGAUGAAUGUCCGUGGAAGCAUUUUUACGUAUUUGUACUUAGAAGUGUUUUUAUCUUGAUGCUCUGGGCUGAUUUGAUCACAGAUUCUUCUAAAAUCA